AGCCUGCUGGACGCUCAUUGGCUCUUUUUACUGCCACUUGUACCCUGUGUACCUCUGUAGGUAACAGCGCGUCUUCCUAUGGAGAGGAUUUUGUUUGGUGGCAACUAACCCGCGCGGGGUUAGUGUGUUCACUUAUACCAUUGUUUUUAUACUAAGUGUUGCUAUCUGAGUUCAUUAUGUGCUCUUUCUCGCGCGGGGCUAAGUCAUAAUGUGACGUAAGCUGCGCGAGGCUGUUAUUAUCAAGUUGUUAUGCUAAGGAGUAUGGUCUCACGUGCAACCUGUUAUGAGGUUUGCGCGACUUUUUGGGACCAUACCCCUUCAAGUCCCCCCAGUCCAGUGCUGCACCAUGCGCAACGCAAGUGGUUGGAGCUCUGGACUUGAUAAAAAUAAGAGAAGGGGAAGUUGUCCUUUUAAUCGCGCGAGGUGUUAGCAGUUUACGUAUAUCUGGCGCGACUCUUGUGACUUCUGCAUGAAGUUACUUGCACGUUUUAUGGCGGGAAACUUCGAAAUUUGAACCUCUGACAGGUUGGUGAGAUAAGUCGCUGAGAGCGACGCUUGAGUUGACCCCUGGCACGGAUGUCAUCAUGCCGCCUGCGGCGGUUGCACUUCAUGUCAGGAGAGUGGAUGCCACGCGCGCGUGGUAACCGUCGUCCCUGCUUUUCCGCUUGACGUGGCAACCUCUCGUUGGUUGCCCCUGCGGCGAGUGCGGCACGGUUACCCAUCGCAUUAAAUGCGAUGGGUAUAUAUAUCCGAAGAGAAAGGUGAGAGAUUCACUUUCUCUUCGUUUCUUCUCCCUUUUUCUCUUUGAGUCUUCAUAUUGUUCUUCAUCUUCUUCAAACUUUCUUCAAAUCUUCAAACUUUCUUCAAGUUUUUUCCAGCUUUUUCUUGAAACAUGAGCGAAGAACAUCAAGAAGCUCCUGCUAGUGAGGAGGGGCCAGUCCCAGUCCUGAGAUGGGACUUAGGUUUAUUCGAACAGAUCGUUCGAAGUUUUAGGUUUCCACCGGAGUGGGAUGCCCGGUACCCUGCUCAGGGUCAGACCGCGGCUGAUGCCCCACCCGGUUACAUUACUUUGUUCGAAGACUUCUUCCUUCAAGGAAACUUCCGGCUGCCGGCGACUAACUUCUUUGGUAGCAUAUUGUCCUACUACAAGUUUCAUAUCUCACAGUUAAGCCCACCUGGGAUGGUGAGGGUGAGGCACUUUGAGUUCUUGUGUCAAUCCCACGGCAUUGAGCCGACGGUGAAUAAGUUUCGUGUCUUCUAUCAACUGCAAAGAACAAUGGGGUUCUUUUCUUUUGCUAGCCGUGGUACGGCUAAGAAGAUUUUGUUGAAUCCUCCCAAGAGUUUCCAUGACUGGAAACCCAAGUUCUUCUUCAUCCGGGAGGAAGUCUUGCCAAUAGCUAUGCCGUUUAGGGAAUGGACCGAGGUUAUACCAAAGGAGGACCUUCCUAUACCGAAGUCUGCUCAGUGGUAUCAGCGGCUUACCGCAACCCCUAACCGGGUAUUUGGGGAGAAUGUUCUGGUUGCUGCCAAGAUGAGUGACCAGUGGUCACCUAGUAGCAGGGAACUCCCGGUCUUGAAGAUCGGGGAUCAAGAGACGCAACUCUAUCAGGCUGCCUUCCCAGCCUUUGGUGGCUCCAUGGGCGUUCGCCCUCUGCGCGAUGAUGAGGAAGGCUGGUAUGACCAGAUAAAGGGGAACUUCAUGUUUCCUGCUGCUGACGCCUUCGCCUCGCCGCCGGAUGCAACUGAAGGUGUGUUGCGCGAUCUGGGGGUUGACCCAGAGGAGAAGAAGAAGAAACCUUCGAAGAAGAAAAAGAAGGCGGAUGUUGAAGUGACCAGCAAGGGUCCUGGCGCCAGUCGCGCAACUACUGCUGCUGUCAAAGCUAUGGGAAAGACUAGCGCUGGUGGGUCAAAGGGCUCUGGGAGCGCGGGUUCUCGUAACCCGGAUGCUGACAAGCGAGGCGACAACUGGUAUGGCCUCUGCGCCUGUUUCAGUUGUUAUUCCCGUUGUUGGGAAGAAGAGCAAGUUGCGCUCGUUAUACCAGUUUUCUCCUGGUAUGCUCUUAUCUCCCUUCUUUAUAAUUUAACCUCUUUUUUGCUCAAGUGCGUUUGCUUUAUUCUUGUAGAGAUCAAGAAGAAGACCCCUGAAAAGGGGGUUAAGUUUGUUGAACCCAGCACGAAAAGACCUAAGGUUGCCACUGAACCUUCCGAUUCUGCUGCGCGUGAUGCUGCGAAAACUGAUGAAGCGCAGCGAAAGGCAGAAGAGGAUCGGAGGAAAGAAGAGAGUAGGAUUGCUGCGCAGAAGAAGGCUGAAGAGCUAAAGCGCAAAGAAGAGGAAGAGAAAAAGAGGAAGGAGGAGGAGGAGAGAAAGCUGGAGGCGGAGAGGAAGAGGAAAGCGGAAGAGGAGAGAAAGCUGAGGGAGGAGGCGGAUAGGCAGAGGAAGGCGGAAGAGGCGAGGAAAGAAAGAGCUGCCGAUCAGUCUUCUGUUCAAGGGCAGUCUGGUGUCCCAAAACCUCCCCCUGCUGCGCCGAUUGUUACUUCUAAGGGGUUAGGGCGCUAUGUGUCUAGUGGUGCAAGCUCUGGAGGAGCUGGGGGCUAUAACCCCAAUGUGAUAGGUGCGAAGGAUACCGUCGGGGAUAUAUAUUAUAAAACUUAUACUGAAGAGGAACGUGGUGAUGCUCCUCAUCAAGCCCCUUGGAGCUUAAGGCAGAAGGAUACGUUUGUUGAAUUUGGUCCUUCUCGCGAUUGGUACUUGAACCAAUUCACUCCUGGCGAAGUUAACCGUCAAAAGGCGAAGCCGCAUGAAAUGUUGUACCGCACUUACAUUCUUGCCGAGGCCAACGCUCGAUCUGCUAACCAUCAGAUAGUUCGUGAAUGGCGAACAAUGGUCAGAGAGCGCGCCGACUGGGAGGCUUACCGAGAACGUGUGCUAAAACGUGUUGGUGAAUUUGAGAAGGCUAAGGCCACAUUUGAUGAGGAGAAAGCCAAGUUUGAGGCUGAUAGGAAAGCUGAAGAGUGGGGUCGCGAGGGCCUGCAAAAGAAACUUCAUAAUGUGGAAGAGCAACUGGCCAAGGAGAAGGCCGAGUUCAAGCGCAUCUGCGCCCAGGACAACGAGCGCGCCUAUGCGGCUCGACAAAAAAUUGUUGGUCUUGAGGCUAAGAUAGCGGAGCUGACAUCGAAGGUGGAGGAAGCGCAGGUUGAGACAGCCGCUAAACAACAGAUGGAGGUUGAGUUGUCUGAAGCUAAGGUUCAGCUGUCCACCAAGGACAAAGAUCUCCAGGCCAAGGACGUUGAGAUUGCGGAGCUCAAACGUCGCUUGGAUGAACAAAUCGACAGAUGUGAGUCCCUGGAGAUCGACCUUGAGGCAGAGAAGGUCAAGGCCAUCGAUGCUGAGGAGGCGCGUGCUGUCAGCACUGCGGCGCUUAACGUGGCUCAGACAAAUUAUUCUGAGGCCCAAGGCAUUGUGGACACGCUUGUUUCUGAAGCAGAAUGGAUGCGCACUCGGGGAAUAGUGCUGGUUGCCAAUUCCAUCUUGAACGCCGGCGAGCUAGAUCGCGCUGUUGCUGCUCUUACGGAUGCGGCGCGUGCAGUUGGUCAUCGAGGAGGUUACCUGGAGUGUGCUGAUCACGUUGAGCGAAUGCUGGGACAAGAAUUCGAUACAAGUCAUUGCUCAGUGACGGAACAAGCUGAUGCUGCGCUGGCCAGUGCUGAGAACUCAUAUGACAACCUCUCCUUGCCCAUCAUGGACUUGGUUGUUAGUGCCUUAAAAAAGGAUGAUUGGUGUCAGCGCCUCAAGGCGAUCCUUGAUCCACCGAUUACUGUUGAAUCAUCUGAUGAGGAAGCAGCUGGUGAUGAUGGCGGAGGUGAUGACGAUGGCGACGAUGGUGAGGGGAACGAAGAUGAUGAUGGUGAGAAGAACGAAGACAAAUAG